GACUGUUCUACAUUUUGCCUGUGUCCAUGGCCAUAUAGAAGUGGUUACUCUCUUGCUGAGGAGAAGAUGCCAGAUCGACAUCUAUGACAGACUUAACAGGACACCGUUAAUGAAGGCUGUACAUUGCCAGGAAGAGGCUUGUGCAAUUAUUCUCCUGGAACGUGGCGCCAAUCCAAACAUUAAGGAUAUCUACGGCAACACUGCUCUCCAUUAUGCUAUGUAUAACAAGGGGACUUCGCUGGCAGAAAAACUGCUUUCCCACCGUGCAAAUAUUGAAGCACUAAAUGAGGAAGGAAACACUCCACUUUUGUUUGCUAUAAAUUCUAAGAGACAGCAAAUGGUGGAAUUUUUAUUGAAGAACCAGGCAAAUAUACAUGCUGUUGACAAUUACAGAAGAACAGCCCUCAUGCUUGCUGUGCAGCAUAACUCGUCAAGUAUCAUCAGCCUCCUCCUUCAACAAAAUGUAAAUAUCUUUUCUCAAGACAUGUUUGGCCAAACUGCCGAGGAUUAUGCUGUUUGUUGUGAUUUGAGGAGCAUUCAACAACAAAUUUUGGAACAUAAAAAUAAGAUGCUUAAAAAUCAUCUUCGAAAUGACAAUCAAGAAACAGCAGCUGUGAAGCCUGCAAAUUUGAAAAAAGGAAAAGAAGUUGCAAAAGCAGAACACAACUUAAAAGUCAUUUCAGAGGAAAAGCAAGAAAGACUUGAAAGAAGUGAAAAUAAACAGCCACAGGAUUCUCAAAGUUAUCAAAAAAGCUAUCUAAAGCAAGCACAGCAUCAAAUAAAGGAAAUGAAGCAGAUGCAUCCAAGUGAGGAAGCUAAAGAGAGUCAUUCCAUUGGAAAGCAGAACUCUUUAGAGGAGAGAAUACGUCAACAAGAACUUGAAAAUCUCUUGCUUGAACAACAACUAAAGGAUGCUUAUAAGGAAGGCAAUAAUGAAGAGAUAGUCAUUAAUAUCCAAGAAGACUGUCUUGAGAAUGGAAAGGAAGAUCUUCUUCUAGAAGAAAAAAAUAAGGAAUUAAUGAAUGAAUAUAAUUAUUUGAAAGAAAAACUGUUUCAGUAUGAGAAAGAAGCAGCAGAAGAAAUUUUAUCUGUCCAAAUAGAUGUAGAGCAAGCACAGCAUCAAAUAAAGGAAAUGAAGCAGAUGCAUCCAAGUGAGGAAGCUAAAGAGAGUCAUUCCAUUGGAAAGCAGAACUCUUUAGAGGAGAGAAUACGUCAACAAGAACUUGAAAAUCUCUUGUUUGAACAACAACUAAAGGAUGCUUAUAAGGAAGGCAAUAAUGAAGAGAUAGUCAUUAAUAUCCAAGAAGACUGUCUUGAUAAUGGAAAGGAAGAUCUUCUUCUAGAAGAAAAAAAUAAGGAAUUAAUGAAUGAAUAUAAUUAUUUGAAAGAAAAACUGUUUCAGUAUGAGAAAGAAGCAGCAGAAGAAGUGAUUGUGAGACAACUUCAAGAAGAACUGGCCAAUCACCUUAAAUUUCCUAUGUCAGAUUCUCCACUGGAAGGUACAUCACAUUGUCACAUUAAUUUGGAUGAGACACGGGCUUCAAAGAAGAAAUUAUUUCAAGUAGGAAGUCAACCUGAAGGAAAACAUGAAGAAUUCGGGAAAUUUUUUGAGUUAAUAUCAUCACUGGAGUAUAAUGCGGAUCAAAUAAGAAAGAAAAAUCAUGAAUUAGAAGAAGAGACAACCGGAUAUAAGAAAUGCCUAGAAAUGACAAUAAAUAUGUUAAAUGUAUUUGGAAAUGAAGACUUCAGUUGCCAUGGAGACUUAAAUACAGAUCAACUGAAAAUGGAUAUUCUGUUUAAGAAGCUAAAACAGAAGUUCGACGAUCUUAUGGCCGAGAAGGAAGCUAUAUCUUCAAAAUGUGUCAAUUUGGCUAAAGACAAUCAAGUUCUUCAACAGGAGUUUUUAUCUAUGAGAAAAAUACAAGAGAAAUGUGAAAAACUUGAGGAGGAUAAAAAGAUGUUGGAAGAAGAAGUAUUAACUCUUAAGACACAUAUGGAAAACAAUAUGGUAGAACUUGGUAAAGCACAAGAAUAUAAAUCGGAGCUAGAUGAAAAGACAAUGCAGAUAAUAGAAAAAUUAGAAGAAAUCCAUUUACAGGAACAAGCACAGUAUGAAAAACAAUUAGAGCAGUUAAACAAGGAUAAUACGGCUUCACUAAAUAGGAAGGAACUCACACUUAAAGAUGUGGAAUGUAAAUUCUCCGAAAUGAAAACUGCUUAUGAAGAGGUUACAACCGAAUUGGAAGAAUAUAAGGAAGCCUUUGCAGCAGCAUUGAAAGCUAACAAUUCCAUGUCAAAAAAUUUAAUGAAGUAA